AUGGAGCAGGGCAGCCGCCGACGGGCCUUCGGCAGCAGCAUCUGCCCCAACAGAGUUCAGGAUGCGCCUGCCCGUCUCGCCAAGAAGGCGGUCCGGCCAGGCGGGUGGACGGCGCGGACCAACACGGCCGCCCCGAACCUCCGAGAGCCCCCGUCCCGCACGCGCCGCAGCGGCGCCUCCCCGGCACCCCCUCUCGAUGCUUCCACCUCAAUGCCACCACCACUAGACUGCACUGACUUUGAUUUCUCACUUGGUGAAGAGGUGGACUUCGGGCCCUGCACCCUGCAGCUGGAGACCAGUGAGCUGGCACAGGUACCCUCACAACACCUGCCUUCCCCUGAGCCAUGCUGGAGAGACCUGGCAGACCAGCAUCAGAAAGCACUGGGCAAUGCCCUGGAGGCAAACAGCCAGCUGCAGGAGACCCUCAUGCAGAGGCAGGAAGAGCUGGUGACGCUACAGCAGAGCAACAUGGAGCUGAAGGAGCUAGCAAGCCAGGCCAGGCAGCUGGCCACCGUUCUCGAUACACUGAUGCUCCCGCAGCGCGCCGACGGGGCGACCCUUCCUCCUCCUCCUCUUCAUCCUCCACCUCCUACUCCCUCUGCCCCCCCGUCCGAGAGCUGGGAUGGGCGCGGGCGGCCGGAGAGGCGUGAAGAGGCUGCAGGCGUGGAUGCCAUGCUGCAGGCGGUGUCGGACAAGUGUCGUGCUGCCCUGCGCAGCCUGAGAGGCAGCCCGGGGGGCAGUCCAGGGGGCAGUCCAGGGGGAAGCCCCACGGCAAAGCGCCUGCGGCCGGCCCUACGCCUGCACGGUGCCUUCCGCGGGCUGCGCACCGGCCGCGCCGCUCCACGCGCGGGUGACGAGGAGCUGGAGGGGGACAGAAGCCUGCGGGCGGCCCUCGGAGAGGAGGGCGGCAUCCGCACCCUGGCUUUCCCACAGGGCAACGCCUUCACCCUCCGCACUGCCGCCGGGGGGUACCGGUUCCGCUGGGUGCCGCGUUGA